GCAUUGACAUUAAGGUUCAGAUGACUCUUGACCUCUGCUGAGAUGUCCUAGAGGGGGAGUGCAAGCCAAUCCCCGCCCUUCAUUGGGAAUCGGCCCUUCAACCAAUCCCUGGCCACCAACCAGAGCAUGCCUCCCCCAUUGAACGAGUCCUUCCAUCAAUCCCCAGCCAUCAACAGGAGCAUGUCCCUCCCCUUCAAUGGGUCCCUCCACCAAUCCCUGGCAUGGGAGCAGGAUGGCAGAAGCAGAGGCCAGGCUGUGCUGGAGGAGAUGUGGAUAGGGAACAACAACCCAUCCUUCCCUCCAGGUCACCCCUCAUUUGAGACAGCAGAGUGGUGCCAUUUGACCCCUUCAGUGACCGUGUGUCUGGUAGUGUGUUACUGCUUUACCAUGCUGUUGGGCCUGGUGGGAAACUGCUGCCUGAUAUGCGUCAUCGCCCGUUGCCGGGAGAGAGCCAACGUUACCAAUAUCCUCAUCGCCAACCUGUCUGUAUCAGAUAUCAUCAUGUGUGCCUUCUGCCUCCCCUUUACUGUCACCUACACCCUCAUGGACCAUUGGGUGUUCGGGUCUGUGCUCUGCAGGUUGGUGCCCUUCAUUCAGUGUGUGUCUGUCACCGUGUCUGUCCUUUCACUGGUGCUCAUUGCCCUGGAGAGACACCAGCUGAUCAUCAACCCCUCCGGCUGGAAGCCCAGCAUCCCGCAGGCCUACAUGGCUGUGAUCAUCAUCUGGAUGCUUGCCAGCUUUACCUCACUGCCCUUUAUGGCUUUCCACCUGCUCACAAACGAGCCUUUUGCCAACCUGACCCAGCCUCAGUUCCUGCCUCAAUCUCAGCCCAAGCUUCAGAGCCAUGCCAAGCAUCAGCCUCCAUUUCAGCUUCAACCCCUCCUUUAUACCCAGUCCUCUCUCUACCCCCAGAUUCAGCCUCUUCCCUCUCUUCAGCCCCAGCUGCAGCUCUUCACCCACCCUGAUCCCUCUUCCUACCCCCAGACUUCUGCUCCCCUCUGGCCCUCUUCCCAUCCUCAACCUCCUUCUGACCCCACAACAUCUCCAUCCCCACCCCCCAGCCUCUUCUCGUUCCCCCAGCCCUCUUCUCACAUGGAGGCCUGUCUGGAGCACUGGCCAUCCCAGAAGCAGAAAAUAGCAUAUACCACCUGGCUGCUGGUGUUCCAGUACUGCGGCCCACUGCUGCUGGUUCUGCUCUGUUACAUCAGAGUUUUUGUGCGUCUCCGUCAGCGUCAGAAAAUGCUGGAUCGGGUCAGGACCCCGGAGAACCAGCGUAUGACUCACAGUCGGCGAGUCAACGUCAUGCUAGUCGCCCUGGUGACUGCCUUUGCCCUCUGCUGGCUACCACUUACAAUGUUUAACGUUGUUUCGGACUGGUACCAGGAAGCCUUGCCCGUCUGCCACCAUGACCUGUUGUUUUCGCUGUGCCACCUGCUGGCCAUGUCCUCCACCUGCAUCAACCCCGUCAUCUAUGGCUUCCUCAAUUCCAACUUCAGGCAGGAGAUCAGGGAGACCCUACUGCACUGCCGCUGUCAGCCACUAGUGGACGACUAUGAGCACUUCCCCAUGUCCACCGUGCACACAGAGGUGUCUCGCACCUCGCUGCAAAUCAACUGUAGGAACAACUCUGUUUGAGGACCAAGGACUGGACUCCAUGCCCUUCUUUUCGAGGAAGCCAGGUCGACUUUUAGUCAGUCGACUCAGGUU